AAUUCUUACUUAUUUUCAACAUUUCUAAAAGCCAUAGUUACUUAAAAGCCCUUCUGAUACAUACAAAGAAAUUCUGUAAAUAGUUCUGCAUGUUGAACCCAAUUCUUAUGUUUAUUAAGUAAUACUGGCAGCAGUGUUUACCCGCAGCCUUGGAACCUGAUCUUCCUCGGCUGCAUCCAUUUUACGUUUUUUCAGACCUCUACUCAAAUUCAGUACUGCUAUCAGCAUCGGGGAUUAAACCUUCUAAAAUGACUGAUACGAAGUUUAGAGAGAUUGUUUCAGACAACUGUGUGGUGAUUUUCUCUAAAACAACAUGCUCCUACUGCAAAAUGGCAAAAAACCUUUUUGAGGGUAUGAAUGUAAAUUAUACAGCUGUAGAACUGGACAGGAAUACAAAUGGAAGUAAUUUCCAGGACGUUCUUGAACAGAUGACUGGUGGCAGAACAGUCCCAAGAGUGUUUGUCAAUGGGGCUUUUGUUGGAGGUGCUAUGGAUACUCGGAGGCUUCAUGAGGAAGGCAAGCUGCUUCCAUUAGUUCAUCAAUGUCAAGUGAAAAGAAAAUCCUGAACAGCCAUCUAGCUUAGCUUAGUCUUCCUUGGUAUAAACAGAAUUUCAGACAAGGUAGAAGAUCACAAAGAUACACUGCAUCAGCUGGACUCAACAACUUCAAGCCAUGGAUUUCUGUAUCAUAGAUCAUUCUCUGACACAGACUUUAUGGACUUGGCAAAUUACUUGGUGUCCUUGCCUCAGCUUUACCACAACCAAAAUGGUGAUAAAUAACAUUAUGUAACUCUCGCGGCUCUAAGUGUGAGAUAGUGAUGUCAUUUUAUUGCUAUUACAUCCUGAUUCUAUGCUUCAGAGAAGUAUAGACUGUACAAGAAGAAUCCUGUAUUUUUUUGCUGCCAAUUAGUUUGCUUUCUAGCUUUGUUCCAACAGUUACAAUAAAUGGUCAGUUUCAUUUAAUGGUUCCUUUAAAUUUAAUUCUUCUCUGAAUGUCAAAUUGUAAUCAUGAAGAAAGUAUGAAGCAAAACAAGUUUGUAGUGAUAUUGCUGUAUGCAUGUCUGCCUCUCCUACAUUUCAGUGUCUGAUCACCUAGCUACCAAAUUGUAUGUCCAGUUGCUACAGAAAAGAGAAUAAAGAUUCUUGCAGCUUUA